AUGACCAAUCUGAGCACUCAAGUCAAAGGCUCUCUCAACAUCACCACCCCGGGGCUGCAGAUAUGGAGGAUCGAGGCCAUGCAGAUGGUGCCUGUUCCUUCCAGCACGUUUGGGAACUUCUUUGAUGGUGACUGCUACGUAGUCCUGGCUAUCCACAAGACGGGCAGCAACCUGUCCUAUGACAUCCACUACUGGAUCGGCCAGGCCUCAUCCCAGGAUGAGCAGGGGGCAGCUGCCAUCUACACCACGCAGAUGGAUGACUUCCUGAAGGGCCGGGCUGUGCAGCACCGUGAGGUCCAGGGCAAUGAGAGCGAGACCUUCCGAGGCUACUUCAAGCAGGGCCUUGUGAUCCAGAAAGGAGGUGUGGCUUCCGGCAUGAAACGGGUGGAGACCAACUCCUAUAACAUCCAGCGGCUGCUGCACGUCAAGGGCAAGAGGAAUGUCGUGGCCGGAGAGGUGGAGAUGUCUUGGGAUAGUUUCAACCUAGGGGAUGUUUUCCUCCUGGACCUUGGGAAGCUUAUCAUCCAGUGGAAUGGGCCGGAGAGUAACCGCAUGGAGAGACUCAGGGGCAUGACCCUGGCCAAGGAGAUUCGAGACCAGGAGCGGGGCGGGCGCACCUAUGUGGGCGUGGUGGAUGGGGAGAAGGAAUCAGAGUCCCCGCAGCUGAUGCAGGUGAUGUACCAUGUGCUGGGCCAGCGCAGGGAGCUGAAGGCAGCCAUACCUGACUCAGUGGUGGAGCCGGCACUCAAGGCCGCCCUCAAGUUGUACCACGUGUCUGACUUGGAGGGAAAACUCGUGGUUAGGGAAGUCGCCACACGGCCACUCACACAGGACCUGCUCAGUCAUGAGGACUGUUACAUCCUGGACCAGGGGAGCUUGAGGAUCUAUGUGUGGAGGGGGAAGAAUGCCAAUGAACAGGAGAAGAAAGGAGCCAUGAACCAGGCGCUGAACUUUAUCAAAGCCAAGCAGUACCCACUGAGCACACAGGUGGAGGUGCAGAAUGAUGGGGCCGAGUCAGCUGUCUUUCAGCAGCUCUUCCAGAAGUGGACAGUGCCCAACCAGACCUCAGGCCUGGGCAAAACACACACUGUGGGCUCCGUGGCCAAGGUGGAGCAGGUAAAGUUUGAUGCCACGUCCAUGCAUGUCCAGCCUCAGGUGGCUGCCCAGCAGAAGAUGGUUGACGACGGGAGUGGGGAGGUGCAGGUGUGGCGCAUUGAGAACCUUGAGCUGGUGCCUGUGGAUUCCAAGUGGCUAGGCCACUUCUACGGGGGCGACUGCUACCUGCUGCUCUACACCUACCUCAUCGGCGAGAAGCAGCACUACCUGCUCUACAUCUGGCAGGGUAGCCAGGCCAGCCAGGAUGAAAUCACAGCCUCAGCCUAUCAAGCUGUCAUCCUGGACCAGAAGUACAAUGAUGAGCUGGUCCAGAUCCGGGUCCCUAUGGGCAGGGAGCCAACCCACCUCUUAUCCAUCUUCAAGGGACAGAUGGUGGUCUACCAGGGAGGCACCUCCCGAGCUAACAACGUGGAGCCUAUGCCUUCCACACGGCUGUUCCAGGUCCGGGGAACCAGUGCCAACAACACUAAAGCCUUUGAGGUCCCAGCCCGGGCCACCUUUCUCAACUCCAAUGACGUCUUCAUCCUCAAGACCCAGUCCUGCUGCUACCUGUGGUGUGGAAAGGGCUGUAGUGGGGAUGAGAGGGAGAUGGCUAAGACGGUUGCAGACAUCAUCUCCCGGACAGAGAAGCAAGUGGUGGUGGAAGGGCAGGAGCCAGCCAACUUCUGGAUGGCCCUGGGUGGGAAGGCCCCCUAUGCCAACACCAAGAGACUGCAAGAAGAAAACCUGGUCACCGCCCCCCGGCUCUUUGAAUGUUCCAACAAGACAGGGCGCUUCCUGGCCACAGAGAUCCCCGACUUCAUUCAGGAUGACUUGGAAGAGGAUGAUGUGUUCCUGCUAGAUGUCUGGGACCAGGUCUUCUUCUGGAUUGGGAAGCACGCCAAUGAGGAGGAGAAGAAGGCUGCAGCCAUCACUGCGCAGGAAUACCUCAAGACCCACCCUGGUGGGCGUGACCCUGAGACUCCCAUCAUUGUGGUGAAGCAGGGACAUGAGCCUCCCACCUUCACAGGCUGGUUCCUGGCUUGGGACCCCUUCAAGUGGAGUAACUCUAAAUCCUAUGAAGAUCUGAAGGCGGAGCUUGUAAGCUGUGAGGACUGGAGUCAGAUCACUGCUGAGGUCACAAGGCCCAAAGUGGAUGUGUUCAGUGCUAACACCAACCUCAGUUCUGGGCCUCUGCCCAUCUUCCCCCUGGAGCAGCUGGUGAACAAGCCUGUGGAGGAGCUCCCCCAGGGUGUGGACCCUAGCAGGAAGGAGGAGCACCUGUCUAUUGAAGAUUUCACCAAGGCCUUGGGGAUGACUCCAGCUGCCUUCUCUGCCCUGCCUCGAUGGAAGCAACAAAACCUCAAGAAAGAAAAAGGACUAUUUUGA